AUGGACAGAUAUCCACAAGAAUCAUUAAAUUUAGAUUGGAAGAAUAAGAAACUUUCACUUGUUUAUGAUAUGUAUAUAUCAUUUAAGAAAACUUUCCAUAACACACCAAAAACUUCUGAUGUAUCUCACCUCAUGAAUUUAAAAAAGCAAGACCAAUGUAUGUAUUAAAAAAUCUUGCUAGACAACUGAAUAAUGUUAAUGGAAAUAGAAAUAAUAUUAUUUUAAAUGUAGAAUUUAAUGAGGAUGUACUAAAUGGAAUAAUUUGCUAUAUUUAUUUAGUUUCAACUUCUGAAUUUACACUUGAUAUUGUUCACAAUACAAUUAAAAAAACCAUCUAAAACUAUAAAAAAUAUUCUAUUAACAAAACAAAAUUAAUUUAUCAUUCCAAAAAGGAGAAUAAAAAUACAAGGUAUUCAUGAUUUAUAGGCUGCUGAUUUAGUUAUGAUGAGAAAUUUCAGGUAUGAAAAUUCAGGUUAUUUAUAUAUUUUGAAUUUUAUAGAUACUUUUUCAAAAUUUGCUUGGUCUGAAUCUCUUAAGAAAAAAGAUGCAAAAAAUGUUACAAAAUCCUUUGAAGAAAUAAUAAAAAGAGCUAUGAUAAAAGAACAGACUUUGUAA